GAUGACUCUGGCACAGAGGUAGAUGAAGCUGUGUUUGCUGAACUAUGUGCAGUGGAGGGGAUCUGCUUUGUCAUUAAGAGUGGCCAUGAUUCAGGCUCAUCUGAGACAUCACUUCCAUCCACCUCUAUCCUCCUCCAGUGGGAGCUUGCCAUCUGUGUCCAGUGGUUGCAGUGGCCUAUAAACAACCCAAGCGAAUGAGAAGUGAUGCUGCCAUGGAGAGCUCGUCAGCCAGAGAUCUGAUAAAGGGGAUACUUGAGGCAAAACCAGGAGGUUCAACAGUACUCCAAGAAUAUGAUGAAACUGGGACACUGAGUGACAGCAGACGAAGGCAGAUGGUCAACGUUCUUACAGCACACAUGGUUGAGAGUGAAGGGAGAGUCCCUCAGCGAGUCACCAAAGAGAAUUAUGCACUUGGAAUUGUCACCUUGUUCCCUUCAUCAGGAGAUCCUUUCUCCAGCAAAGGAUAUGAACAUUUUUAUGAUGGACAAAGUGGCUCCGGAUUUCUGGCAUGGCGACUCAAGACGAUUCAAAGGAAGACUAAGUUCAUAUUUAAGGAACCAAAAACACAGACAGCAGUUGGAGGUGAUCCAGAACAGCAGAGAGACCUUCCUCAGAUUGAUGAUCAGCUGGAUGAAAGGCAUUGUGAAGAGGCCAUAUCCUUGAUGAACCACACCAAUGACAAAAGGGUCAUCUUCCAGAAGAUGAAGGAGACCUUUGAGUAUCGACAGUGCCUCAUCCACAAUCCCGAUAGAUCACAUACUGUGCUAUCAGUGUUUCCAAGGCUGCUGGAUACUAAAGGACUGGUACAUAGUAGCAAAUGUUCUAGCAAAUGA